AUGCAUUGCUCCGCAGAGGUCAAGGGGGCAUCAUCCGACGCCUCCGAUAGCUUGGGACGCUCUAAGAUGUCAGUAUCCUCGUUCACAGCGCUGAGAGCGAUAUUGUCGGGACGGUCGGAAGUUGUGAAUGACGGUGAUUCAUUCUCCUGCGAGUCGCCAUUUGAAGACGGCGGUUUUUCAAGCGUAUCACCGGUUGCUGCUGCCGAAGGUGUACCAGAGGCGGGUGCGGGAUCAGUGGAGUCAGCAGGUGGAUCUCCAGCUGAUCUAGUUACCCUACCUGAUCGCGAUUCGCCAUUGUUCGACCCUUCAGCAACCACAACAAGCUGCGGUAUUACAUUAACUUGA